GGCGGUCAGCUGAUGGGCCGCCCGCGGGGGAGGCCCCGGCGCGAACAUGGCGGCCGAGAUCCACUCCAGGCCGCAGAGCAGCCGCCCGGUGCUGCUGAGCAAGAUAGAAGGCCACCAGGACGCUGUCACGGCCGCGCUGCUCAUUCCCAAGGAGGACGGCGUGAUCACCGCUAGCGAGGACAGAACCAUCCGAGUAUGGCUGAAAAGAGACAGCGGCCAGUACUGGCCCAGCAUCUACCACACAAUGGCCUCUCCUUGCUCUGCUAUGGCUUACCAUCACGACAGCAGACGGAUAUUUGUGGGCCAGGAUAACGGGGCUGUAAUGGAGUUUCACGUUUCUGAAGAUUUUAAUAAAAUGAAUUUUAUCAAGACCUACCCAGCCCAUCAGAACAGAGUGUCUGCUAUCAUCUUCAGCUUGGCCGCUGAGUGGGUGAUCAGCACUGGCCAUGACAAGUCUGUGAGCUGGAUGUGCACACGCAGUGGGAACAUGCUUGGCCGUCACUUCUUCUCAUCCUGGGCCUCCUGCUUGCAGUAUGACCUGGACACUCAACACGCCUUUGUUGGUGAUUACUCAGGACAGAUCACCCUGCUGAAACUGGAGCAGAACACCUGUUCAGUUAUCACAACCCUCAAGGGACAUGAAGGUAGCGUCGCCUGCCUUUGGUGGGACCCUAUCCAACGGUUACUCUUCUCGGGAGCAUCUGACAACAGCAUCAUCAUGUGGGACAUCGGGGGAAGGAAAGGCCGGACGCUCCUCCUUCAGGGCCACCAUGACAGGGUGCAGUCACUGUGCUACCUGCAGCUCACGAGGCAGCUUGUCUCCUGCUCGUCAGACGGUGGCAUUGCAGUGUGGAACAUGGAUGUCAACAGAGAAGAGGCUCCUCAGUGGCUGGAGAGUGAUUCCUGUCAGAAGUGUGAGCAGCCCUUCUUCUGGAAUAUAAAGCAGAUGUGGGACACGAAAACACUGGGGCUGCGACAGCAUCACUGCAGGAAGUGCGGGCAGGCCGUCUGCGGGAAGUGCAGCAGCAAGCGGUCCAGUUACCCUGUCAUGGGCUUUGAGUUCCAGGUCCGAGUUUGUGAUGCCUGUUAUGACUCCAUCAAAGAUGAAGAUCGGACUUCGCUAGCAACAUUUCAUGAAGGAAAGCAUAACAUCUCUCAUAUGUCCAUGGACAUUGCGAGGGGACUGAUGGUGACCUGUGGGACAGACCGUGUUGUAAAGAUAUGGGAUAUGACUCCUGUGGUGGGCCACAGCCUGGCGACCGGAUUUGCUGCACACUGAUUCUGGAACUGGGUGAUGGAUGGUGUGCCGCACUGUGCACAGUGUCCUCCGUGAGACGAAACCCUUCAUGUAACUCAGCAGCCACUGUCAUGUAAACGGACAGCAGCCACUAAAAACAAACCAAUAUUUUUAAAAAGAAAAAUAUGAAGGUGUGCUUGAGGUAUUUGUGGAAAUUACCUGUGGGGACUAACCGCUGAAAGGUGUGUCCAGAAUGGUCUCCUAAGGAAUGGAAUUUCCUCAGCAAAACUGCCUCAUGAGCAUUGACCCAAUGGCUAAUGGCAGAGUAAUCCAGCAACGAAGGUUUUAUAGGGAAGAUUUUUGAACAAAAAAGAUUAAUGCUUAGAACUUCUUAAAUGCAAACCUAUGAGCACACAUGGAGUCUACCGAGAGGGUCCUUUGAGGCUCCUAGGGCGUGCUGCUGUCCAGUCAGGAGCUGGGGGCAGGGCUAUCUGUCUUUCUUCAGGAGAGGUGGCCCGCUAUAAGAAUUGCAAAUGUGCCAUGUGAGUGUUUUCCACACUGGGUUCUGAUAAACUUCUUCAGUGUACCUGUUCUGUCCGGUCGUGCCAUAAUUGGCUCUUGGGUUUGGCUCCCUGCAGUUGGUUCUCUUCCAGCCAGUGUCCCAUGCGUGAGGGCAGCCCACAUUUGUCCCUUUCUUCCAAUCCUGCUCUGUGGACAAAGCUUUUUUUUUAUGGUGCUGUUGUAUAAGCCUCCUGCCAUUUUUUUUUUU